AUGACAGAAGAACAAUUACAAAAAUGGAUAGAAGAAAGAAAAAAAAGGUUUCCAACAAAAGCUAAAAGAGAAAAAUGUCUUUCUGAAGAAAAAAAAAAAACAGAUGAAAUUGAAAAAAAGAAAAAUGAUGAAAGUAAACCCAAAAAGAAUGAAGAAGAAAAUGAUAAUCCUAUUGAAAUUAAAGGAAAAUUAGAAGAUGAUGUUGGAAAAGAAAUUAAAGAACGUAAAAUACUUAAAGAAAAAGAAGAAGAAAAUAAGAAAGAAAAAAAUAAGAAAAAGAAUCAAGAUAUUACUCAACUUAUGAUGGACCAAAUGCAAAAACAAGUUCAAGAAGUUGAAUAUGAUAUUUUAUUAGAAGCAAUAGAUUUUUUAAUUCCAAUAUUUCAAUGA